UCUUUUAGGUUUGGAGGAGGGGUGUGAGCGCGCGGCAAAUCGGGCGGGAAGAGGCAAAAAAGGAUUAGGGCGCGCGCCGUAGCGGUUCCUGUUCUCACAGUCGCGCGGCCCAGGGACCGCUGUUGCGCGAGAGGAAGGCGGGACGCCCAGGUCUUUUAAGCAUACAACUGGAUUUGGCUUAUUCAUUUUGAGAGUAUCUUUUAACAGGGCCAUUUCUGAACAGUAGAGGUUACAAUUACUCCACUGACCAACCAGUUCCAAAUCCUAGCAUCAAAUCCUAUAUGUUCCUGUUCAAAUGGUAAUACAUGCAUAAUAUUUCUUUUAUUUUAAAAGAAAUGAGUGUAACUAAUAUUGCAUUAAGAGUUGAAACCUGGCUUUUAGCUACGUGGCAUGUUAAAGUACCUCUAAUGUGGUUGGAAGCUUGUAUUAACUGGAUCCAAGAAGAAAAUGAUAAUGUUAAUUUGAGUCAGGCACAAAUGAAUAAACAAGUGUUUGAGCAGUGGCUCCUUACUGACCUGAGAGAUUUGGAACAUCCUGUUUUACCUGACGGCAUUUUAGAAGUUCCAAAAGGAGAACUGAAUGGAUUUUUUGCUUUGCAGAUUAAUUCAUUGGUUGAUGUAAGUCAACCUGCAUAUUCCCAGAUACAAAAGUUGAGAGGAAAGAAUACAACGAAUGACUUAGUUACAGCUGAAACACAAGUAACCCUAAAACCUUGGGAAGCAAAGCCUUCACGAAUGUUGAUGUUACAACUAACUGAUGGAGUUGUACAAAUGCAGGGAAUGGAAUAUCAGUCUAUUCCAGCUCUUCAUAGUGAUCUUGCCCCAGGUACAAAAAUUUUGAUUUAUGGAAACAUUUCUUUCCGUCUUGGUGUUCUUUUAUUGAAACCAGAAAAUGUGAAGAUUUUGGGAGGAGAAGUAGAUGCCCUUUCAGAGGAAUAUGCCCAAGAAAAAGUACUUGCAAGAUUAAUUGGGGAACCUGAUCCUGUAGUUUCAGUCAUACCAAAUAAUUGUAACCAGACCAUCCCUGGAAUUACAGAUGUUCUGGAUCCUGCAUUAGGACCUUCUGAUGAAGAACUCUUGGCAAGUCUUGAUGAAAAUGAGCUUGCAGCAAAUAAUGACACCUCCUUAGGAAGAAGAUGCUUCAGCACAGGUAGUUCCUCAAAUACUGUUCCCACAAGACAGUCAAGUUUUGAAUCACGACAUAUUAUUUCUCCAAAACCAAAGGAGAAACAACCAAAUCAACCUAUGCAUUUCACUGAUGGGGAAUUAGAUGACUUUUCAUUGGAGGAGGCCUUGCUUUUAGAAGAAACUGUCCAGAAAGAACAAAUGAAGACUAAAGAAUUACAGCCAUUGACUUUGAGCAGAACCCCAGAUGAAAGCAUAGAGAGAUUUUUACAUAAACCUAAUACUCCAAAUAAUUUUUCUUUGAUUUGCAAAAGUGGAAACCGUAAUUGGAAUGAAAAAAAUGUAUCCGAACAAGUGACUAAUGAAGACAAAUUAUUUAGUUGUCCAUCUGUUGAAGACAAAAACAGUAGCGUUUUUUCAGUUCAUAGUAAUGUACCCCUACCCCAUGAUUUUACAAAUAAAGAUAAGGACUCAGAGACAGGUAAUAAAGUAAAACAAACCUUCAGCAGUGCAGAUGGACAUUCCUUAAAUAAAAUAUCAAAGGGAGAGCUGGUAAAUUAUGUACCAAAAAGGAGUUCACACCUUUCUAAUGAAAAUGAUCAUCAUUUACAGUCUUGUUCUUUAAGACCAUCAGAGAACAACACUAAUCUUUCUAUUGCCAUGGAUUUGUAUUCUCCGCCCUUUAUCUAUUUGUCUGUCCUAAUGGCCAGCAAACCAAAGGAAGUUACAACAGUGAAGGUCAAAGCAUUUAUUGUAACCUUAACUGGAAAUCUUUCAAGUUCUGGUGGCAUUUGGAGUAUAACAGCAAAGAUUUCUGAUGGUACUGGAUAUCUAGAUGUAGACUUUGUGGAUGAGAUACUUACUAGUCUGAUAGGGUUUUCAGUACCAGAAAUGAAACAGUUAAAGAAGGAUCCUCUUCAAUACCAAAAGUUCCUGGAAGGUUUGCAGAAGUGUCAGAGAGAUUUAAUAGAUUUGUGUUGUCUAAUGACGAUUUCAUUUAAUCCCUCCUUGUCUAAAGCAAUAGUACUGGCAUUACAGGAUGUUGAAAUGGAACACCUUGAGAACCUAAAAAAGCGGCUGAAUAAAUAAUUUACUAAGAUAGUAUCAGAAAACAAUUCCCCCCCCAAAAAAGAAAUAUUUAACAUUAAAUUUAACCUUUUAUGUUUGAGACUUUGUUUUGUAAAAGAGAAAAAGGAAAUUUUAUAACAUUUUAGUUGAAUUUUAAAAUGUUUAAUCAUGAAUGUGUAUUUAGGUUUCUUAAAUAAAUUUUUUUUAUAAUAACUGUUAGACGAAAGAAUUUGGUGACCCAUCGUUAUUGAGAGUUUUGUUUCUCACUUGUCAUUUCACAUAACGAUAGCUAAAGUGUUGGUGUUUACUGAUGUGUCAUAUUGUUGGAAGUUGGCAAUUAUAAAUAGAUAGUUGUACUUCUAAUGUGUUGAGUACCCAAAGAGAUUUUUUUAUAUUACUAUAUUUAGGAAACAAUGUUAAUCCAGUGGAUUAGAAUGUCAGGCUGUCAGAUACAAAAAUACUUCUGCUGGUUUUUAUUUUGUAAAUAUUUGUCUGGUAUACUUAAGGCAAAUAUUAUAUUAACUAGGUACAAUUGCAGAGAUUAUGUUGCAUGGUUUAAACAUCUUAUUUUCAAGGAUAAUUUAUUUCGAAUUGUAUAUGGAAAACUUGAAUAUAAGAUUCAGUAAAUACUUUUUUUGGGGGGGUUAAAAUAAGGUGGUUGUCCAUGUCUUUAUGUACUAUCUGAAUUAGCUCAACAUGUAAGCUUACCUUUAGUUUUGUUGGGAGUAUUGUUUUUUUGUUUGUUUUGUUUUGUUUUUUUAAUGGAGACGGUUUACCACUUUUCUAUUUUGCUGUUAAAAAGUCACAUUUGAGGGGUGCCUGGGUGGCUCAGUCGAUUGAGCGUCCGACUUCGGCUCAGGUCAUGAUCUCGCAGUUCGUGAGUUCAAGCCCCUCGUCGGGCUCUGUGCUGACGGCUCGGAGCCUGGGAGCCUGCUUCGGAUUCUGUGUCUCCUUCUCUCUGCCCCUUCCUGCUCAUCAUGCUCUGUCUCUCUCUGUCUCUCAAAAAUGAAUAAACAUUAAAAAAAUUUUUUUAAGUCACAUUUGAAAGGUAAAGUUACUUUUAUUAAUCUUUUGUCUUUGCAAACUUAAAACAUUCUCAGUUUUUUUCUUUUAAAUGUUUAUUUCUGAGAGAGAGAGAGCAUGAGCUGGUGAGGGGCACAGACAGAGGAUCGGAAGCAGGCUCCAUGUUGACAGUAGAGCCUGAUAUGGGGUUAGAACUCAUGAACCACAAGAUCAUGACCUGAGCCAAAGUCAGAUUCUUAACUGAGCCACCGAGGUGCCCCAGUUUUUGUUUUGCUUUGUUUUGUUUUGUUUUGUUUUGUUUUAAAUAAGAUCUACACCCAGUGUAGGGCUUGGGCUCCCUACCUUGAGAUCAAGAAUUGCAUGCUUUACCAUCUGAGCCAAAUAAGUGCCCCUAAAGUGUCUUGAGUUUUAAAACCUUAAUCAAAUCCUUAAGUAAGAAAAAACAUGGUUUUGUUUUAAUUAAAAUAACAUAAUAGGAAAAUAUCUAGAAGUUAAGGUAAAUACUUAUAUGUAAAUAUGGUAUAGAUGUAAUAAAAAAUAUUUUAAAAAUCUUUGCCAUUAUAUUUGAAGGAUGAUAAUCAGAAUUCAAGGUACAACACAGAUUUUACUGAUAUGUGCUCUAAUAGUAACCUCUUCUGUAUACUUGCAUAGCCUUUUUACUAGAAGAGAUCUAAAUGAGAUGGUAUUAUCCUACACUGUCUUUCUUCUAAAUGUUCUGUGGUACUCUUAUCUCUGACUAGUGCUUGAAAGCUGGGAUUAGACCUUAUUUCCUUUUCAUAUUCAGUCCCUGAAGACUGGGUACAGUACUUUACCAUAUUAGUCCAUCCUUCUGUAUUGGUGCUGUGAUUCUGGCUCUGGUCUUCUCUGGCUUUGAUAUUCCAGUAGAUUUACUAAUUGAUUUGUGCCUUAUUUUGUCCUCAUACCUUUUCCCAUAAUUCUGCCUGAAUGACCUUUCUAGAAUAAAUUUACCGUUUUUUUUCUUUGUUAACCUUCUUAUAGGGUGAGGUAUAAACUCUUCAUCUAGUAUGUAAGGUCUUCUGUGAUCUGGCCCUUGCCUUCUUUUUAGUCUUCCUCCAUUAUUCUCCACCUACCUAGUCUGCCCCUAAAUUUUAGUCAUAUCAAUUUGUAAUUCCCCAAACAUGUGGGGGAAUAUACUUCAUGUUUUCAUACUCAAGCUCAUAGUGAUCUCCCUUCUCAAACUGUUUCAUACGAUUUCCAACUUAACUUAAGCUUUAGGUGUCCAUUGAAGUGUUAAAUUCCCCUGCCUACUUUCAUGCCAUCCUGUACAUUGUACAGACUAAUAUUAUGUAUGUUUUACUGUACUUAUUGCUUCUCUCUUAUUCUGUUAAAUUCUGGAUAAAAUUCAGUAUAGAAUUAGGAAUUUAAAAAAUAAAAACAAAGCUAAAAUUAAGAAUUUAGUGAGCGAGUUUAACACCAGAUGAAAUAUAGCUGAAGGAAUUGUGAAUUAAGUUUGGUCAGAAGAAAAAAAAUUCAGAAUAAUGUAUAGAGAGUCCAAAGGAUGGGAGAGAACCAGAAAAGAAUAUAACACAGAGAUGGGCCAACAUUAAUGUAAUUGCAGUUCCAGAAAGACAAGAAAGAAUGUUUGAAGUUAAUUCUUAAGAAACCUUUAAAUUUUAUGAAAAUCAUCAAGCUGUAGUGUUCCGACCAGCGCAACAAACACCGAGAUCAGGGUCCUGAGGGUAGGGGAAUGUAAGAAAAAAAAAGAGAAGAGAAGCCAGUGUGGGAAUAGGAGGGUCCCCUGGGCUGAUGGCCCAAGUGACGGCUUUAUUGUUGCUGUACACAAUCUUUUAUAAUAUAAGACUCUUAUGGAUCAGGUCAUUCUAAGAACAGGUUUCACAUGAUCGCUGCCAGCCAAAACAUUUAGUUCUGUGUACCUUGUGAACUUUCUAAACGGGUCACAACAAGACCUUGUUGAUAGAUUGCUAGCAAAACACAGUUCCCAUGUUUGUUUCUAUUUGACCUGGGGUAGAAAAGGGGGGUAACAUUACUGCCAACACCCACAGACCACAGGCUUCAGGAAUUAACUUUCUCAGCCUUGACAAGGCUUUCGUAUGCCUUUGCAAAUGGGGGAAUGGGAGGGGGAACCACCGGGUUGGCUGAGUCAACAGGGAGCCGUUGCUCGACCCGGUCUCAGCCUGGCACCGGGGUCCGGCCUCCCACACUGUAGGUUCUGGAAGUCCCACAAACCUCAAGCAAGAUACAUUCAGAGAAAGUCAUAAUUAUGUAGAUAUUACCAUUUUUAAGAACUAGGGAAAAAAGUCUAGAGCAGUGGAAGAAAUGAGGCAUGUUCCAAAGGAGCAAAUAUAUGAUAACAGACUGUAAAACCAGUGGCAAUCAGAAGACAAUGGAAUGGCAUCUUCAGAGUGAUGGAAUUAAAAUAACUGCAAAUCUAGAUUUCUAUACCAAGCACAAAUGUUAACAAUAAGAGUGUGAAAGGUAAAAUUAAUAUUCCUACUCUCCGCGCUGAGCAUGGAACCCGCUUGAGAUUCUUUCUCUCUCUCUCUCUCUCUCUCUCUGUCUCCCUCCCCCCGUCUCCUGCUUGCAUGCAUGCUCUUUUUCUCUAAAAUUAAAAAAAUAACAUAUCACACAAAAAGUGAGAAAUUUUUCCUAACCACAAAAAUGAUGUCAUUAAGUAGAAGGAAAAUGAUGCCAGAUAGAAGAUUGGAGAUGAAAAAAGGAAUGAGGAAUAACAGAAAGGGUAAAUAUGGGGGUUUAAGUUAAUAGUGAUUUUAAAACAGGGGCGCCUGGGUGGCUCAGGUGUUGAUCCAUGCAGAGCAUGGAGCUUAAAAUUCGUUUUCCCUCUGCCCCUCCUCAACUUUCAUGCAU